AUGGACGACAUCGCCACCUUCUCCCUAGACAACGCCCCUUCCUACGAGAAGGUCAAGCUACAAGUCGACGGCGUUAGUCUCGAACUCUCCACAAUAUAUAAAAAGGGCAAUCGUCCACCAUUCGUCUUCCUACACGGCUUCGGCUCCUCCAAAGAAGAAUUCAAUGACUUCGCCUACCUCCCCCAUCUCAACGAAUAUGGACUCCUUCUAUACGACGCCCCAGGCUGCGGCGACACAACCUGCUCCGACCUGAGCAAAGUGAACAUCCCAUUCCUGGUUAAAACAGCCAAAGCCCUUCUCGACCACUACGGGGUCACCAAAUUCCACCUCUCAGGCCACUCCAUGGGCGGCCUAACGGCCCUCCUACUCGCAUCCGAGAUCCCAGACUGCGUCCUCAGCUUCGUCAAUAUCAAGGGCAAUCUCGCCCCAGAGGACUGCUUCCUCAGUCGCCAGGUCUUUCUCUUCCCCGCUGACGACCCGGAGGUGUUCUUCCAUGAGUUUACGGAGAGGGCGAGGCGCGCCCCCGCCUUCUCGAAUGCCAUCUAUGCGUCUAAUUUAAAACACAAAGUUAGUCCCCAUGCCACGUAUGGGAUUUUGUCGACAAUGGUCGAGAUUACCGAUAACAAUGACUUGCUUGCGUUGUUUUUGGGUUUCUCUUUCCCCUGUAUGUUUAUGUAUGGCGUGCAGAAUGCUUCGUUGUCGUAUUUGCCGAGGUUGAAGGAGGGUGCAGUUGAGUUGGCGGAGAUUCCGUACAGUGGCCAUUUUCCUAUGUAUUCUAAUCCGCCGGAGAUGUUUAGACGCGUUAAGGCGUUUUUGGAGAGGGUUGGUGCUUAG